AUGGACAUCCGCUCCUUUCUUGACAAGAAUCUCCAUAAUGGAUCUAACCUAUCUUCUAACGAAUCCACGUGUGGAAUCCAGGAUGGCUUCCUGAUGGAGACCCUGCCUGCCAUGUACUCCAUCAUCGCUGUCAUCGGUUUCGUUAGCAACCUCCUGGCGCUCUGGGUGUUCACUUUUGGCCCCCUGAAGACCAACUCCAUCACGGUCUACAUGAAGCAACUCGCCAUCGCCGAUCUCUUGCUCGCCCUCUGUUUGCCCUUCCGGGCGGCUUACCAGAAACACAACGGUCCUCCAGCUCUCUGCCAGAUGGUCGGCAUGAUCUUCUACAUCACCAUGUACGUCAGCAUUCUGUUCCUCAGCUUGAUCAGCCUGGACCGCUACUUCAAAAUCAUCAAGCCCCUUCAACAGUUCCGAAUCCACACCACGUCGUUCAGCGUGGCCAUGUCCGUGGUGGUGUGGGUGCUCUGCUUCGUCACAAUGCUUUGCUUCCUUUUGGACACUAGUAAAAGUGGACCCUGUGAGCACAGGUGCUUCCAUUUCAAGUACAGGACCACCAGCGGGGGCGUACUCAAUAUGUUGGCGGUGAUUUUUUUCUUCCUUUUGCUCUUCUUUUUCCUUUAUUCCUACGGUAAAAUCUCGCUCAGGCUCCAUGCAGUCUCUCUGAAGAAAACCCAGCAGCGCAGCAAAAAGAUGAGCACCAGGAUUGUCAUAAAGACUUUUGUGGUUUUGGUAGUCUUCUUCGUGUGCUUUGUCCCCUAUCAUGUGGUUCGAAUACCCUACGUCCUUGCCCAAAUGAGGAUCAUUUCUGAACAGAACAUCCAGGCCCUCCAUGUUGCAAACGAACUGGUCCUUUGCAUUUCAACCCUCAACUGUUGUUUUGACCCUGUGAUUUUUUUCUUUCUGUCCAGCAGCUUCAAGAGAUCCUUGCUGGACACCACUGUCCGAAAGCUGAAGUGGGUUUCUCAAAAUAACCAGAGAGUAUUGUACGUCAAAUAAUCCAUCACAGACUUCAGGGUAGAGGAGGACUAAGUUGCAUAACUAGGAUAAACUUUGGAUAUGAGUUCUUCUUGCUAGAUCAGCCUUCUUCACGAUGGUGGGGACCAGAAAUUGUGAUGAAGAAAAGCCCUAGCUAAGGAUUUUUUAAUCUCAACAAGUCCAGAAGACACCAGAACCCAGAAAAGUGACUUAGACAUCACUCAGUAAAAAUAUCAAUAUACACUAUAUUGCCAAAAGUAUUCGCUCAUCUGCCUUUACUCGCAUAUGAGCUUA